UCUCUCUCUCUCUCUCAUUGUUUCCAUAAGAGAGAGGAUGAAGCCGCACUUGUGUGAUCAUACUGUUUCUUCUCCAUGUAAAGCAGCCAUGCACAAGGACUCACACAUAAUAUCAAAGCUGCAGAAGCCGAAGAUACGCAUAAUUCACCUAUUUGCACCAGAAAUCAUAAAGACAGACGUUCAGAAUUUCCGAGAGCUGGUCCAAAAGCUCACCGGAAAACCAGCUGACCACGGUGUUGCCACGAGAAGUUCUAGUGGUGCUGCUCCAAUCAAAGCAUUGAGGACUAUGUGUCCCGAGCCGAGCAUGGAGUUCAUGGACGUCCAACAAGAUGAGAUUCAGAUAUUUCAUAAUGGAGAUGUUAUAAAGAAGGAAGAGACAGACAUAUGGGAGUUAGAUGAGAAUUCGAAUAAUUUUGUAGAUGUGGAUGGUUUUAUUCAAGACUUGACUGAAUUUCCUCUACUUCCUUUUAAGUCUUCUUUCAUGAAUGCAUACUGAGCCUAUUCCUUCUUUUGAUUUUCAUCAUCUUCUUCUUCUUCUGUUUUUUUAGGGUAUUGACUUUCUUUCUCCUAAUGUGCACACAGUCGCGCACACACAUGUAUAUUAUACUUACUGUUCAUUGUUAUUCUUAGUGCUUAGAAA